AUGACGUCUUUCGCAGGUCUGUCUCGGUUUUAUAACCGGAGUGGCACAAAUAUUUGCCUGCACCAGCUUCCUUCACAGCUUUUGUCUGCCAGAGGAAUCGCGUCAAAGCUAUUUAUUGCAGGUAAUAAUAUGUAUUGGAACAUAAUAGGGGAAGAUCAAAAUUGACAAAUAAUUUAAAACAGAAGCUGGGUUUCUGGGAAAUCAGUGAAGGAUGGAUGAAGAGAGAGAGAGAGAGAGAGAGAGAGUCAUAGCCUUUUGCUGAGUUAUUUUCUGUAGGAACCAUUGAUGGCGGGGCCUCCCUCUCUAGAGUAUGUAUGAAUUUUAGUUUUCAACCCACCCUUGCAGGGCUUUCUUUCUAUACAACUGACCAGGGUUUAUCGGAGGUGUUCUCACAAUUUGGCCAAGUUCUUGAUGGUUUGCACCACUUCCCAUCCAUUUUCCUCUGUUGUAAUGUUUUCCUUGAUGCCUUAAUUUCAAUCCCGUCUUAAAUUGUGUGCCUGACAGCCAAAAUAGUCAUGGAUAGGGGCUCUGGUAGAUCGAAGGGCUUUGGCUUUGUGACAUAUGCAUCAGAAGAAGAGGCUGAGAAGGCGGUCUCUGGGAUGAAUGGAAAGGUCAGGCUUACAUCUCCCACUCCUGUGGAUGGUUCAGUAGCAGCUUCAAUGUUUGACUAAUCUGCGACUGAUGGGAGCAGGUUCUGAAUGGGCGUGUUAUAUAUGUGGAGACCUCGAAGCCCAGACAGUUCUUCCAGGGUUCGCCUCCAAUUGCAAGGGGACCACCGAAUCCAGCAGGCAACAGUUGA